AUGGAGGUGCGUAAGCGCAGUAAGGCGUGCAGGGCAGGACUGCGGGAGGGUGAUGAGCUGGUGUCCAUCAACAACCAGCCAUGUGGAGGUCUGUCCCACGCCCAGGCCAUGACCAUAAUCGACAGCUCCCCAGGAAUACUACACAUCCAGGUCAAGAGGGUGCCGGCAGGCUUCCAGUCCGUGGUGCUGUUGACCCGCGCCCCAUCACCCCGUAUCGACAAAGAGUACCGAGCCACCCUGCGCACCAUGUCCCCCUCUUCCAGACUGCACCACACAGCCACUGUCAUGGAGGUCCCCCAUGGCAGGUCCUCCCUCCUAUCCCCCAUGGUGCGCAGAAGCAUCACCUCGCCCCCAGGCAGUGAGGCCUACUACGGGGAGACAGACAGUGACGCAGAAGUGGCGGCCAACGAGAGGCAGAGGAGGCAGAAGCACAGAAAUCCCAGCAACUUACCCGGAAAAGCCUUCGGUAGAGCCUCCCCGGAGGGAGGGGAGACCUCAGAGUUUAGCGGCUAUGACAGUGCCCCAGAUGCCCGGGUCUACCCAGGGCUCCAGGGCCACGGGUUACUGGAUGGCAGAGGAGGGGGGGAGGGCCUGCCAGGGGUGGCCCGCAGGGAGGUGAUCUACCAGCCCCCUCCAGGGAUGUGGUCCUCCCAGACCUCCACAGAGACAUCCUCCAUCAUCUCCUCGGUUGAGGACCAGGUCUCAGGGCAGGACAGAGUGGUGGAGGAGGACAGAACCUUCCAGGAGCCAUCCAACGUUGUCCCACUGGUGUCACCCGAGAGGGCCAAGGAGGCCAUGCAGCUGAGCUCCCGUAGGCAGAUGGUGCCCAUGGUGGGGCCUAUAGACACCCCUCUGGACGAGGAGCUCAGUGUCACCUACAUGGACAAGGCCAAGCAAGCCAAACUGAACCGGGGUGACACGGUUCAAGACAAAAAGGUGAAGGAGGCCAGAACCAAGUGCCGCUCUAUCGCCUCCCUUCUGACAGACGCCCCCAACCCCAACUCCAAGGGCGUGCUGAUGUUCAAGAAGCGCAGGCAGCGCUCCAAGAAGUACACGCUGACCAGCUUCGGCAGCGUGGACGAGGACAUGCAGCACAAUUCCCCAGAGGAAGAUGGUCUCUUCCCAGGAAGCGAGUCGGAGUUUGAUGAGGAUGGCUUCUCGGCCGCCCCCGACACCACCUGGGACAGUGACUACCUGGAUGCGCUGGAGAAGAGGGCGACCGCAGGUGGAGAGCGAGGGGACGGGACAGAAGAUGCCCCUAGUCCCGGCCUGAGUGACAUCUCUGGGAAGGGCGCCCAGCUGUUUGAGCAGCAGAGGAAGAGGGCGGCCGAGCACGCCAAGAAGGUGGCUGCCGCCCAACCUCAGAUAAGGACCCAAUCACCGAACCAAAUACAGAUCCAGGAGCAGCCUCAGCCAUAUGCACAGAGCCAGCCCCAGCCAGAAACACAACCACAGAUGUACCAGCCUCAGCAGCCUAUGGCACCACCGCCCCCUGUAGCCUUCCAGGAGGAGGCUCGGUCUGUGGCAGAGAGGCCUAUGGCACCGGCCCCAGCUGCUCCUACUGCCUACAGCAUGGCUAAUGGAGACGUUGCCUACUCUCCAGCUGGCAUGGUGAUGUCACCCCUGACUGUGGCACCCAACCCAAUCACCACCCAAGUGUCGAUCUUAACCACUCACAUACCUCCACCCCAAACACCGCUGCCAGAACUCUCCUCCAGCUCUGUGCUCAACAGAACCGCCCGCCCCUUCAACCCAGGGUUUGUGACCAACCGAGCCGCCACCGCUCCUGUUGUGUUCCGCCCUGUCGUCACCAAAAGCGCCCCGCGCCCGGCGACCUCGGUGUCUAUUGUAGGACCUCCCUUCUCCACCUCAUCAGAGCUGCCUCCAAGUGGUAAUCCCGCCUUCUUCUCUCCCCCGUCCUCUGUGUCCAGAGGACCCUUCUCCACCUCCGCCUCAGCACUGGCCACUCAUCCCCGUCCUGCCUUCUCUGUGGAGAACCUGGCAGAACCACCCAUGCCCUCUGUUCAACAGGUGUCCUUCACAGCCAUACCUCCACCCCCAGCACAAUUCUCAGGUGGCCCCAUACCCCCACCUCCAGGAUCAUUUGCCAAUGUACCCUCAAUUCCACCCCCAUCACCAUUCUCAGGUGCACCCAUACCCCAAGCCCCAGUCUCAGUGGCUCAAUCAGCCCCAGCUCCAGUGUCUUUCGACCCUAUACACCAACCUCAAGUUUCUGUUGCCCAGAUGCCCCAAGCUUCUGUCUCAGUUGUCCCACUCCCAAACCCCACAACCCCAACACCUAUACUCAGAUCCCCCAUGUCCAAGGUCCCACCUGCCCCUGGUGGUCGUACCGGCAUCCUCCUGGAGGCUCGUCGGCACAGCGGCAGGAGGCCCAUGUUUCGAGUCCCUGCUGAGAAGAAGAACUCUCCAAACCCUGACCUGCUGAACAUGGUGCAGAACCUGGAUGACAGGCCCCGCUACAGAAGCUACUCAGAGAGUGUGAUGGGCUUUGAGUCAGGUGCAGAGGAAGACCAGGGUGCUGAAGUCUGCCGGGGAAGGAUGCCUCCACUGGUGGCCCCCAAACCCAGGGUCAUCCACGAGGCCCCUCAGAUCCCCCAGGAAGAAGGCAAGGGGGCUCAGCUGUUUGCCCGCAGGCAGAGCCGCAUGGACCGGUAUGUGGUAGACACCCCUCAGGUGACCGCCUACCGGCAAGAGGUCAACCGCCCAGGGGUCGAGCCCCAGGAUGCUCCCAACCCCAAUAUCAACUCACAGUGGAAGUUAUCCCCCAACAUCCGCGCCCCCCCGCCUAUCGGCUACAACCCUCUGCUGGCCCCCUCCUGUCCUGUGGGGCCACAGAGAGAUACCAGCAGGUCUGACAGGGGGGACUGGGGAGGCAAAGGAGGGAUCACCUUUCAGAGGGAGGGAAUCAAAGCUCUGGAUUUCAUGAGAAGGCAGCCUUACCAGCUCAACUCAGCUAUGUUCGGGGGUAGUGUUGCCAAGCUGUCGGCGAUUCCCUCCUACCAGGACCAGAGACAUCAGCAGGGAGGGUACACUACUAUGGUGGGCAGCACCAUGACCCCUCCCAGACAGAUCCCAGUCAAAGCGGCCCGUGUGUAUGAGAUCAAACGCUUCUCCACACCCACGCCCAUGUCAGCCCCGAGCCUGGCCCCCACCGUGAUUGCUCCUCGCUCAGCCACAACGCUGGGAGAGCGCCUGACCCGCUCCGAUAUGAUCUCCCCAACCCCUGCUCCUCUCUCCCCACCCCCUGCCCCUUUCUUUGCCCCAGCUCCUGUCUCUGCCCCACCUUCCGUCCUUGCUCCUACCUAUUCAGGGGGCCUGCCUGGACUGCCCAGAAUCAAUGUUACCCCUGUCCGCAACCCCAUCCCCAUCCCCCACCCAGCACCCUAUCCUGGAGUGUCCUACAGUGGGCUCCAAGGAGCCAAGCAGUUUCAGAGUGCCCCUGAGCUUAGUUUCCUUGCUAACCUUCCCACUCCCCUAAGGGCGAAUGCCAUGCAGGCGCCAAAACCCCGCUUCAUCGCCACCAAGGUGGGCGUCCAGCCGUGUGUGUGGAGACCAGGUGCCAUGUGA